GUCAAACUUCGCAAUACGAUUCAUCUACCAAAAAAGGCUUUUAGGUCAAACAGAAAUAACGACCUAAAGCCAUGUUUAAAGCUUAGCAGUUCUCCACAUAUAUUUCAAUAUAUAAAAAGAUUACCCCUUAAAAAAAAAAAAAAAAAAAAAAACUGAUCUAAACUGUUUCUGUGAAAAAGGGGUAAUCAAAUAAAAUGGAGACAGCUAGGCUUUUCAAAUUAGUGUGUGUGUUUUGUAUUGCCAGUUUGAUUCCGACCAUACGAGCCAAUGUUGCUGAUGAGACCGAUGAUUAUUGGGUAAAUAAGGCCAAUGAAGCUCGUAAACAUACCCUUAUGGCUUACCAUCCCGACCCUUAUGAGAUCGUCGACCACUUCCACGAGCGUCAUUACGACAACUCGACUGAUGUCGAGGGGACCGAGGAAGAGAAGGCGGUCGCUUCCGAGGAAGAAGACGUCAUUGAGAUGAUUUCUAGUCCGACAAACAGCACAAGGCGGAGCCUAACCGGUAGGGGCAAGGGAAAAGGAAAAGGAAAAUGGAGCAAGCUAAAGGGACCUUGCACCGCAAGCAACCCGAUUGAUAAAUGCUGGCGUUGCCAGCCCGAUUGGGCCAGGCGUCGCAAGAAGCUCGUUCAUUGUGUCCGUGGGUUUGGUUACAGGACCACAGGAGGCAAACGCGGCCGUAUAUAUGUGGUCACGAGCCCCAGAGACGAUGAUAUGGUGAACCCUAGACCUGGAACACUACGUCACGCUGUGAUCCAGAAAGAACCUCUAUGGAUCAUUUUUAAGCACGAUAUGAGCAUUAGGUUAAACCAAGAGCUGAUGAUUGCUAGUCACAAGACAAUCGAUGCUCGUGGCGCUAACGUGCACAUCGCAUAUGGUGCCGGUAUUACGAUGCAGUAUGUGCACAAUAUCAUCAUCCAUGGGCUUCACAUCCACCACAUCGUGCAAAGCAGUGGUGGUAUGAUAAGAGAUUCGAUUGACCACUUUGGGCAAAGAGGACGGGCUGAUGGAGAUGGUAUCUCUAUCUUCGGGGCAACAAACAUUUGGCUUGACCACAUUUCUAUGUCUAAAUGCCAAGAUGGCCUCAUCGACGCUAUAAUGGGUUCCACCGCAAUCACCAUCUCUAACUCUCAUUUCACCCACCACAACGAUGUGAUGUUGCUUGGUGCACAAGACAACAACAUGGAUGACAAGAAGAUGCAAGUCACAGUGGCUUACAACCAUUUCGGUAAAGGACUUGUCCAGAGGAUGCCUAGGAUCCGAUGGGGUUUCGUCCACGUUGUCAACAAUGACUACACUCAUUGGGAGCUUUACGCGAUCGGUGGUAGCCAAGGUCCUACCAUUCUCAGCCAUGGAAACCGUUUCAUCGCUCCUCCUCACAAACAACACUACAGAGAGGUGACAAAGAGGGAUUAUGCUUCAGAAAGUGAAUGGAAAAACUGGAACUGGAGAUCCGAGAAAGAUGUAUUCAUGAACAAUGCAUAUUUCAGACAAUCUGGAAAUCCUCAUUUCAAGUGUUCGCACUCUAGGCAACAGAUGAUUAAGCCCAAACAUGGUGUGGCCGUUUCUAAGCUUACCAAAUACGCCGGAGCAUUGGAUUGCCGGGUCGGAAAAGCAUGCUAAAAAAUAUAACUCACUACUAAUUUUUUUCUCUUUGUAUCUAGGCCUAUCUAUAUAAGAACUGACAAAAUCAUGGGGUAAAAUGGAAAUUAUUCUAAUUUAUGAAAAAGUCUCUGUGUAAAGAAUAUAUGCGAACGGCUUGAUACUUUGUAACUCUAA